AGAGCAACUCAAAUCUUCACAGGAGUCUUCACAGACACAGAGAUGCUUCUCUCUGCUCUGCUGGGCGUAUGCCUGAUUCCUGCUCACUCCAAACCAGCAGGGGAACAACUCGGCAGUCCUCUUCUUCAAACUUGUUUUGAGGAGGCAAAGAAAAUUGUUGACGAUGCUUACAAGUACUCAAGAGAAGAGAGUCUGAGACGGGUCCGUAAAGAAGUGGUGCGUCCUCACGAUGCUCUCCGCCUGCUGAAGCAGCCUCGCGGUGGAACACGCUCAGCUGUGAGAUCUGCAGACUACAUGGCACAAACCCUCCGUCUGCUACAGGAGAGGGUGCAUCAUGUGCACAAACGCUCACUCAAUGUGACAGAUUUGCUCUCUGAAGAGGACCUGAAUAAGCUGUCAGAAAUAACUGGAUGUGCAAGUCAAGUCACUUUUCCUUCAUGCCGCACAACACCAAACCUCAACACGUAUCGCACAGCCAACAGCGUCUGCAACAACAUAAAAAACCCGCGCCUCGGAUCCUCCAACACCCCUUUCGCCCGCUGGCUUCCUGCUGAAUAUGACGACGCCAUCUCCCAACCGAAGGGCUGGGACAGAACUCGAAGAUUCAACAACUUCUUGCUCCCCACUGGUUACGACGUGCGACAGGUGUCCAACAACAUUCUGAGCACAACAGACGCAGGCGUGGUCAACGACCGAGAAUACACUCACAUGGUGACCAUGUUUGGUCAAUGGAACGACCACGAUCUCACCUUCACGCCAUUCUCCCCCAGCAUCCGCUCCUUCAGCAACGGCAUCAACUGUGACGAGAGCUGUGAGAAAAUCGAGCCAUGCAUACCCAUCCCGAUUCCUCCCGGCGACCCCCGCUUGCCCACCGGCCGAAACAGCUGCAUCCCUGCGUUCAGAUCGGCCCCUGUUUGCGGUUCAGGAUACUCCGCCUUCAAUUUUGGCGGGGAACCUAAAAAGAGAGAGCAGAUCAACGCGCUGACGGCCUUCCUGGAU